AUGGUUGGAAAAUCCUCCUUUCUGCGGACAUUUGUGAAAGGCACCUACAGCACUGUCUGUGAUCCCACUGUCGGAGUGGAUUUCUAUUCACGCACGGUGCGCGUCAGUGAUGAUAAAUACGUUCGGCUACAGUUUUGGGAUACUGCCGGUCAGGAAAAAUUCCGGUCCAUUGCCAAAUCAUAUUAUCGGAACUGUGUCGGUGCUUUCAUUAUGUUCGAUAUCACGGAUCGGGAAACGUUUGAGAAUGUGCCUAGUUGGUAUGAGGAAGCAUUAUCCUCGAUUCGAUGUCCCUCUCCGGUAGUGGUGAUUGUGGGUCACAAAGCCGAUCGACACGCGGACCGGCAAGUCAGUUUCCCUAUCUGUUUCAAUCUCCAAAUCAUUUCAUUUUUAUACCAACUUGAACCUAGCUGA